AAAAAAAAAAGGAAAACAAAAUAAUAAACUCAUUGAGAAUAAAUACGAAACAACUUUGAACUGCUCUCUCUCUCUCUCGAAGGCCGACGAGACAAAGAAGAAGACGAAGAAGAAGAAGAAGAACAAUAACAAUGGAGCCUCCUCCUGAAAGAUCCAAACGUCUUCACAACUUCCCUUUACCUCAUCUUCGUUGGGGUCAACAGAGAUACCUCAGAUGCGUCAAUCUACCCUCAUCAUCAAAUUCACCACAACAUCACAAUCACCAACCAUCUCCUUCUUCUUCGUCUCCCGAUCACGCUCACGCACCCAGAUCCGGAGCGAAGAACGGUGAGGUAGUUGCGGCGGCUAGGCCGUGGAAUCUGAGGACGAGGAGAGCUGCGUGUAGUGAACCACCAGGAGGAGAGGAAUCGCCGGCGAUUGAUUCUUCUCUUCGUAGGAAUAAUGAAAUUGGGGUGAAGAGAAGCACCAUCAUCUCUUCGGAGAACGAUGAUGAGAAACUGAAAUUCUCAAUUCCGUUGACGAGAGAAGAGAUUGAACAAGACUUCUCCAUUGCCUUUGGGAAAAAACCUUCCAGAAGACCUAAGAAGAGACCUAGGCUUGUUCAGAAGAAAUUGAAUACGAUUUUUCCAGGAUUGUGGUUGAAUGAAGAAGUAACGAUUGAUUUAUACAAUGGACCUGGAGGAGCUCAGGAUACGUGAUAAAGGUCUUUACUUUUCUAGCCCAAAGAAUAUGUACCCAAGUUUUAGCAAUGUUUCAGCUUUGAGACAUUCUCAAGUUUUAGCAAUGUUUGCUUCUGGUGGUCCUGUGAAGAUAACCGGGAUAUGUUAUGGUUUUCUAAUCCCCCUUCUUGUUUGUUGUAAAGUGGAUUACUGGUAAAUUUGUAAUCCCAUCAUUCAUUCACUAAUUGUAAUGUUUUCUUUUUUAAUUUUAGUAAUGGUAGUUGCUUCAUUGUC